CCUACUCAUCCGGUUGAUUCCACCUGGUUUUGGAGUUGGGUCAUGAACAAUUAACUUCUCGGUCAAGAUGCGUCUCCACACGCUACACGAGCUCGACAAGAGCGAGGGAACCGUGCAACUACACGAAAUCAGCCACGCGGAAUCAGACACCAUCGUCCUGGUACCGCGUCCCUCGGAGACAGACCCCAACGACCCCUUCCGUUGGCCAGCCUGGAAGAAGAAUGUUGCCUUCAGCUCGGUUUGCGCCUUCACCUUUCUCACGAAUUAUGCCAUCGGUGGUUUGGCCCCGGCAUUCUACGUGCUCUCCCUCGAGUUCAACCAAACCAUGGCCCAGACGAGCGACUUGCUCAUCUGGCCGAUCCUCGUGCUUGGCGUGUUUAACUUCUUCUGGGUGCCUGUGGCUAACUAUUGCGGGAAAAGACCGGUGUUCGUGUUUGCCAGUCUGCUGCUGACUGUGAGCUACAUCUGGGGUGGCACCGCCAAGAGUUUCAACAGCUUGCUCUGGAGCAAUAUCAUUGCGGCGUUUGCGGGUUCCUCCACCGAAGCGUUGGGGGCCAGCAUUGUGAACGAUCUUUUCUUCCUCCAUGAACGCGGUGCAAAGAUGGGGAUUUAUAUGAAUGCCAUCAGCGGAGGGAAUACGAUUGGCCCCCUUUUCUGUGGAUUCACCAUUCAGCGGCUUAGCUGGCGCUGGCAUAAGUGGAUUGCUGUCAUUCUGACGGGUAUCAACUUCCUUUCAGUGUUGUUCUUCGUACCCGAGACGAGAUAUCAGAGGAACGAGGGUCUCAAUGUCGCAGUUCCCACUGCCCAACCUGGUGAUUCAGCAGAAAUUCCCACGUUAGUAGCCAGAGCAUCUGAAAAAGGAGAGACUCCAAAGGUCGACCCCAAGUCCAGCCAAGACUCAUCGCCCGAGCGUGGCACGACCAACGAAGCGUUGAAGAAAACCUACCUUCAGGAGCUCUCCCUCUGGAGCAGCGCCCCGCCAAACACAAACCUGCUCAAGAUGUUUCUGCGCCCCCUCCCCAUGAUAUUCUAUCCCUGCAUCAUCUACGCUUUCCUUGGCUACGCCAUCUCCCUCGUCCUCACCGUCGCUAUCAACAUUCUAAACCCCUUCGUGCUGCAAGCUCCACCUUACAGUUGGUCUCCCAUGAUCAACAGCCUGAUCAACAUCGCCGGCUUCAUCGGUAAUCUCUCCGGUGCGUAUGCCGGGGGCUGGCUGGUGGAUGUGUACACCGAUUGGCGCGCGAGGAGGAAUCAGGGUGUAUUUGAGCCGGAGAGCAGAUUGUGGUUGCUCGUCUUGCCGACUCUGAUCACAGGGGCUGGGUGUCUGGUAUUUGGGUAUGGUGUCCAGCGGACACUUCACUGGUCAAGUUUGUUCUUUGGGUACGGGAUGGUUAGUUUUGCGUUGACGGCUGUUCCGACUAUCACUAUGACUUAUGUCAGUGAUUGUCUGUUGCCGGUCAAUGCUGAUGCGUUGAUGUUGGUCAAUGGCUUAAAGAAUAUAGUGGCAUUCGGGUUCCUUUACGGCAUCAUUCCGUGGGUGGAUACGACUGGCUAUAUCAUCUGCUUCGGUACUCAGGCUGGCAUAUUCGUGGGGAUCGUUGCCAUCGGGGCGGUGUGGUUGAUCAUGUUUGGAACCAGAAUGAGGCAUGUUCAGGCUACUUGGCGGAUCAUACUCUGAGUGACGGAAUAAGGAUUUGGGUUCUUUGAGAAAUUGUUUGAAGACCUGUACAAUCUCAUGUUCGUUAGAAAUUCAACCGUCUACAACACGACAUACCCACC